AUGCGCAACAAAGAGUUGCUUGUGGCAGGUUCUGCAACGGUAUUAGAAACAGAGCAGAAUAUGAAUGUGGAGAUAAAAGAAUCAAAUCUUUACCUAAUUGGAGAUGAAUCGAUAUUAUCCAAGGGACAAAAUGCAACUACAAUAAUUCAUGACAGUGUUGUCAACAUCAUGGGAGGCUCACAAUAUGGUGAAACUACAAGAGCUCAAAGAACGGAGGGACUCACUGAUGCCAAACUUGCUUCGAAUGAUUUUCCAUGUCCAGUCUAUGAAGUGGUGCCUACACCAUCAGGAAUCUGUACAAAAAAAGGAAAUGGUAAAAAGGCAAAAAGGAAACGAAGAAAGCAUGCAAAAAAAUUUAUCGAUUAUUUCAACAAGAGAACUCUGGAGCGAACAAAAGUUAAAAUCACAGAAGAUUACCAACAGCUAAACUUAAACGAACCAGACUUUGAAGUAAAUCCCCAACUUAGAGAAGUGCCACAUUUCUACAGAGGAGAAAUGGCCCCCAAGACUAGGCAAUAUAAUAUCGAGACUGAUUUCAAUGUCAAAGCAAAGGAAGAAAAAGUUGGAAAACCUAUUUCUCAGAGUGAACUCAUAGAACAAUUAGGCAGCAAAAAAUACAGGUACAUUGCCAUAUUGGGACAGGCAGGUGGUGGAAAAACGACAAGUAUGAAACGCCUUGCUCGAACACUUCAUAUCACAAACAAAUUAGGAGAAGAAUCCCAAGCCGAUGAAGCAUUGCAGCUGGAACAUCGCUUUGAAUUUAUUCAUCACUUGAACAUCAAAGAUAUCCCCGUUUUAAAAGGAACUACACGAGAUGAAGCCAUCAGUCCAUGUGAACUUCUUUUUGGGAAAGAAGCUUCAGGACUUUCACCACAAGAAUUGGAAGAAGGCUAUGAACGGCUGCAACAAAAUCAAUCAAAGUCAAUUCUUUUCCUUGACCGACUUGAUCAAGCAACUUGGAGUCUUCUCGGAAAACACAACAAGAUGAAAUAUACUGAUAAAUCUAGCACAGCAACUGUCAUGUACAAUAUCAUAACAGGCAAUCUCUUUCCUGACAUGACGAUCGUGAUUUCUUCGCGCGAGUUCAGAGUGGCAUCACUCCCAUCAGAAUUGAGGCCGCAAUUCAUAACUGCCCUUGCUGGUCUGGCUCAAAAUGAUAUCAAGCGUUUGUUCAUUGCAAUUAUAGGAGACAGCGGUGAAAAAGCUUGGGAGAAAUUAACGAUGCAGUCGCCCGCACUCAUCCCGUUAUCAUCUGUUCCUAUUUUCCUAAUAUUCAAUGCAAUCGUUUGCAAGGACAACCCAGAUAAUCCACCAGAUACUAUGACUGAGGUAAUGCUACAAAUCCUCCACAUCUUCAUGCGAUCAGAUCAUGCCCAUAAAAAGGAACAUAUUGAAGAAAUACUCCAGAAACUGAUGCUAAUGUCAUUCGAAGGCACAAAAGAAAAGCGAGUCAUUUUCACAAUCAAGGAUCUCGAAAAAGUAAAGCUUAGUCCUCUUGAGGUUCGGGACUUUGUCAUCAAGGUACCUGGGAAAAAUAUGUUCAAUCAGCAUCUCAUGGAAGGAGAUCAUUUAAUGUUCUUCAGCCAUCAAAUCCUUCAAGAAGUUUUAUCCGCUCUCUAUAUUUCAAACAUGGAUUCUACUACAUUUCGCACUUUUAUCGAAACUGAGAUUCGAGACGAACAUUGGGCAGUUGUUCGACGUUUUCUAAGUGGAAUUAUUCUGAAUCCUGAUAUUGAAAGCAGUCUCAUAACAAAUCUUUCUUCUGGUGCCAGACAAGAUGAUAAAAGAGAAAUUCUAAGAAAAUUUCUCGCAUCUCAAUCAAGUCAAAAAAUGAAAUCAUAUCAGAAGUUGGAGCUGUUUGGGACAUUAUACGAAGCUAAUGACGCCGAUCUUAUUCAUUCCUGCACCAAGGACAUCAAUUUUUCAAACGAACCCUUCACUUCAGUAGGAAUGCAUGCCAUGUCAUCGGUCAUGCGACGUUGCAGCCAACUAGAUCAGGUUCGCCUCGUCAUGUGUGGUCUCAAUGCCGAGUUGGUUCAUAUCCUGAAGUCAAAUCUAAAUGGUUCUUCUUUAAAGCUGAAUAAACUAGAUGUCAGUGACAACAUGAACCUUGGAACCGAUGGUUUUGGUGAACUUGGAUUAGUUGUUACACAAUGCCAGGUAAAGACAUUUGAUGCUGGGAAUUGCAAUCUGACAGCAGAAGGAAUAAAAGCUUUUAAAGAAAACACUGGCAAUGCAAAGCUGAAUCAACUAGAUGUCAGUGGCAACAAGAACCUUGGAACCGAUGGUUUUGGUGAACUUGGAUUAGUUGUUACACAAUGUCAUGUGGAGGUAUCCAUGGCUUGGGAUUGCAAUCUGACAGCAGAAGAAAUGAAAGCAUUUAAAGAAAACACUCGCAAUGCAAAGCAUUUUACCUAG